AUGUUGGACGCUCUCAUCCGGGCUGGCAAUGCCUACCGGGUCGAUGUGGCGCUCUCUUUCGUUGUUCUGCUUGUCGUUUCAUACAUUGCGCGGGUCGUCAGCCAGCGCCACAGAUACUCGAAAUUCCCCCUACACAGCGAUAAGUCCAAUACAAAACAGAUGCUUCUCUCUGGUUUUGCCAAGUAUAAAAACGCCUUUCAUAUAAACACUGCCAUCGGCAAGGACAUCAUCCUUUCUGCAGACUAUGCGAAUGAAAUCAAGAGUGAUCCUCAUCUAGAUUUUGCCAAGGCCAUUCUUCCCACACUCCUCACCCACCUCUCGACAUUUCACCACAUCGAAGAGGCAGGCAAGAACCAGGUUUUGACAGAGACUAUUCGAAGCAAGCUGUCGCGAUUGCCAGUGCAUCUCAAGCAAGCCAUAUCCAGCGAGGCAAGAGAAGUCAUCCGUGAUAAACUUACCGAUGACGAAGAAUGGCACGAGAUCCCCAUCAAAGAGACCAUUGUCAAGAUCGUAGCCCGUGUAUCUUCGAGGGUUUUCCUUGGAGAGGAACUCUGCCGUAACGAGGAAUGGCUAAGGAUCACCGCUGAUUAUACAAUCAAUCUGUUUGUUGCUAUUAACGAGCUCAUGACCUGGCCUGCGUCGAUUCGUCCCAUCGUCCAGUGGUUCCUGCCCACAUGUCGACGCCUUCGUCAACAGGUAGCAGAUGCCCGUCAACUGAUCCAACCGGUGAUUGAUAGACGCCAUGCGGAAAAUCAUGAACUUCGACGCCAGGGCAAGCCGGUCAAGCAGUACGAUGAUGCCAUCUCGUGGCUUGAUGAUAAGGCCGGUGGUCGAUUGUUUGAUGCAGCAAUAGCCCAGCUCAGCCUGUCCUUUGUUUCGAUCCAUACUACCACAGAUCUGUGUACUCAGGCCAUCUAUGACAUCUGCGCCAACCCAGAGCUCAUCCAACCUCUCAGAGAAGAAAUUAUUAACGUACUUGGAAGUCGCGAAUUGGACACUACUGCCCUAUACCAGAUGAAGCUCAUGGACAGUGUAAUCAAGGAGAGUCAAAGACUCAAGCCUGCAGGUGUUCUUUCUAUGAAGAGAUAUGCAACCCAGGAUGUAACCCUUUCAGACGGGCUUGUAGUUCCCAAGGGGUCCAGCUUAUCAGUGUCCAGCCACGUACAUUGGGAGGAAUCAGUAUACCCUGAACCCCUCAAAUAUGACGGAUACCGCUUCCUUAGAAUGAAAGGAGACCGUGAGAAAGACAGAAUGGCCAAUCUGGUCGCUACCAGCCCUGAACACUUGGGCUUCGGACAUGGUAUACAUGCCUGCCCCGGCCGAUUCUUCGCUGCAGAUGAAAUUAAGAUUCUGCUCACACAUAUUCUGCUUAAAUAUGACUUUAAGCUCCCUGAAGGCAGCAAUACGACUCCAUAUAUCCUGCCUGGCGGAUCUUAUGUGUCGGCUAGCACACAGCUUACCAUUAAGCGAAGAAAGGAGGAAAUUACUCUAUGA